UUUCUUAUGUUGGUGUGGGUGUUGACUAGGGACACUGGUUUGCUAUCUCGAACGCUUAGUUCCACAGCAUGAGUGCAACAGAGUGUAGUUGGAGACCAUCUGAAAUACAAUGCCUCAAUGCCACCCAUUCGAUUCACACAUGCUAAUGUAUCACUCCUCCACAUUUCCGUACUUUAAGACACUAGGCUUUUAUACAUUUCAAUCUUUAUUCUUUGAGUGUGUGUUUGCCUGCGACGUCCUCCUUUGACCGUUUCUGUAGCAAGAUGUUGCAGCUUUUGUCCAUCGGUUUGACCGCAUUACUGAUGCUCACUGCAAGUCAGGACAUGGAUCCGACUGUCGUCGAACUGGCGGACGUUCCCGUCGCCGUCCUGCAAGAGCUACUGAAGCUGACGGACGACGAGAUCGUCGACGGAGAACUGGAGCGCGGAAGUCGAAAGAUCUACCGCGCUCGAGGUCGCGACGUGGCGUACUACGAGUUCAAGUUUAAUGGUCAGUACGUCAUUCUCGCCAACGCCGCUCGCGGUCACGUCGACAACAUCCUCGUCAGUCGAGGCCCUCUGCCGUCACCGACCGAGUCGGUGACGUUGACGGCAAGCGAGCGCCUCGUUUCCUGUUCUCGUUACAUUCUUCUGGCGCCCGAAGGGCCGCUCGGUUGCGCGGGAAGCGACGGUAGAAUAGUGGCUGGAUCGGACGAGUGGAAGAGUGGGCUUGCAGAGGCGGGCGUUCUACGAAAGCUUCAGGACGGCAAAGGCCAGAUCGACUGGAAAGGUGCUCGCGCACUCUCCGAUCGCAGGUUUCGUUAUCUCUGGAAGGCAUACGAACGAUCCGUUUCUACAAACACCGACGUGCGGCAGUUUCUUCAGAUGCGCCAGUCGUCGAGCGUCAGACCGUCCUCCUACAUCGAAGACGCUCUCGAACCAGGACACGCAAUCAAAAUCGUCAAAACGGAACACUUCAGUCGCCUCACAAUGACAGCAAUCUCUGGAAGACCGCGCACAAGGGACGAACGUGUAGACUCGGAGUACAUCAAUGCUGUCAGAAACGCUUUUUGCGAGAUUCUCGACGGCAUCACCUGCAACUCGGAUAGCACAGAGAUCGCUCCAGACGUCGAAAAGACAUCCGUCAGUGGUCUGAAAUACUUUGCCGUCACUCUCAACGAGACCUUGUCUCGCCUGCAGACUUUAUUCCGUCGUCGCGGUAUCGGAAUCGUGUUCACGGCGUACUAUACCCAACCGGAUCAGACACUCACAUUGCGUUACGGUCUCGAUCUGGCGUCGCGCCCGAAACGUGGACUACGCACGAGGACAACAAGCUUUUUUAGAGUUCCAUACGAGUGGAGAUUAUUUCCCGACUAUGGGCAGUUUAGAACGGCGGAGGACUGCCCCGUCGGGAGCGGACCGGUCGCGUGGGCGAUGGUGCUCGGUUAUCUGGAUCGGGUCGGACACUACCGUCCGAGUUCCAACUACAGCACGGAUUUGUAUCCGGGAAAAGUGGCGCCGCGUUUGUCCAAUCGACGCGACGAGGGCUUGGUGUCGUGGAUUACAUCAAUUGCGGAACGUUUGGGGACGAACUGCAAGGACGGGCGAGCGAAUACUCUUGUUAGUCAAAUGUCGAACGUUGAGGGUAUCUACACCGAGACACAGCCGGAUGGAGAGUUUAAGGAACACGUGAGUAAUGAGACUUCAGCCGGAGAAGCGGCCAUUGGUUACAUCAGAGAGGGCAGCCCAGCUGUGGUUAGGAUUGUAUGGAGCAUCCGGGCGUUCGUUGGGCAUUAUGGUGUGGCUACUAGAGCUCAGCGACGCGUGCAUGUCUUCCGUAAAUGCUUUUUUUGGGGUGUCUGCGUUCGAUGGCAGGUGAAGAGCUCUUGGUAUUUGUAUGUUCAUAGAGGAUGGUGGGGUGGAUGGAAUGCUUGGGUCAAGGCAUCCGAUGUGGACUAUGCUGCGACGCUGACAAAGUGAUGGUGGAUGUAGAGUCGAUGGAAAUGCUUUUUGAUAGUCUGUGACGCGCUUCGGUUGCUGUGUACGUAAUGGAUUUUUUGCACACGUGUUUGUGUUUAGUCUUUGUUAUGAAAGUUAUUAGACCUCUGCUGUGUAUUGCGUGUGGCCAUAUAUAUGAUAUUCUAUUGUA